AUGACAAACGAGGACAGAGUAAAGGAACAACGACGCAUGUGGGGGAUCAAAGUUGAUCAGUCGUCAAUAGUGUCGGACGCAAGACCCGUGAAAAGAACUAGGCUCGAGCAAGAUGCCAGCAAUAGCUAUGGCGGUUCACUGCCUCUGUCACCCUUCGGACGUCCGAUUGUUGAUAGAGGCCUUCCGCAAAUCUUACGUCCUGGUCCAGAAGUUUUCACGGUUUCCCCAAGGCCUUCUUCGUGCGACGAUGAACGUAACACCCUGAAAUUCAAUCAGGAACUUCUUAACAAUUUCGGUGGGACUCUGAGUUUAUCUCCAAGCACGAAUUCCUCCCUCUCGACGCCCAACUUUCAGCAACGCUUCAUCCUCAUGUCGCCCGCUUUCAAAGCCGGUCAAAUCAUCGAUCCCGUCAAUUUUUCGCCCGAAGCAAAAUGCUUACCUUCAACCGUCAGCGCGCAUAGUUUACAGACCCAGCGCAUUUCACUUCCGGAAACCAGCGCACCCAAGGAAACUAUUGAUGAAACAAAUAGGAAUUUAUGUUGGGGGAUGAUCGAGACUUUAGCAUUGAUCCUAUAUGAGAGGCGCAACGGCGGUCACGAGGAGGAGGAGGAGGUGCAAUUGAAGAGGGAAGUCACGGCAAAAAAUAAAGGUCAAUAUACUAUGAUUCGGGUGACCAAAGACGGUGAGCCGUUUGGCGUGGUUAAACAAGAGAUGGCUAAUGUGUUGGCACCGUUGAUGGAUGAGAAACUGAUUUGGACGGAAGCAUUUAUUCGAAAUUCUGCCAAGGAAAUGAUGAUUCCUCUUAGAAUCAUUAUUUAUGGCCCUCCUAAAAACACAGAGGCCAUAAGCACACAUCUGUACGAACGAGGCGUGCUUCUGUCCAAACCCGUUGUAUUCAAUUGCGCCACGCGAUACCUGAAUCCACAUGACCCACCCCUCAGAGGUUCUCAAUUGAGUAAAAAAAAUGCGCCUGGUUCCUACGGGGAUCACUAUCAUGGAGGUUCGAGCACGACCACCACCAGGACCUCGAAAGAAACGAAAAAUCAGAUAGACAAGCAUCAAAAACAAGCAUUAUAUUUCCUCUUGGAACGUGAAAAAUAUAAUGACUUCACGGACGAUGAGACCAACGCGUUGACUUCUCUCUGGCGCACCAGAACAAGCGCCGGUCGUCUCACGGUGUACUACAAUGUGGUCACAAAUGAUGAGACAAAGAGCAAGCCUGUUCAGAUGAGGGGUGGCAUUGUCGCCGAUGACAUGGGACUUGGCAAAACCAUACAGAUCAUUGCUUUGGUUCUCGGCACUCAGAAGGAAGCAAUCGAGUUUUCUCAAAGAUCCUCUUCCUGUGACUCAUUUUGCGCCAUCAAUAUUAAUCAAAGUUCCGCGCAAUCAAAAUCGGACUUUGGAUUUGAUGUGCCAACAAUGAAAUCUCGAGGCACCUUGAUCGUGUGUCCAUUGUCAACAGUGUCUAACUGGGAGGAUCAAUUAACCCAUCAUGUCCAACAAGGUUCCUUAAGCUUUUAUGUGUACCACGGGGGGGCACGAAUUUCCGAUCCUUCGUUGUUGAUAGAUUACGAUAUUGUGAUUACAACGUACAACGUAUCGGGGUCCGAGUUCAGUCGGGAAUCAAAAAACAAGAUACCUAGCGCAUUGCAGAGGAUCCAUUGGUUUCGGGUCGUGCUGGAUGAGGCGCACAUCAUCAAGGACGUUGCCACAAUACAGAGUAAAGCCGCGUGUUCGUUAAAGGCAGAACGUCGGUGGUGCCUGACGGGGACUCCAAUUCAGAACAAGGCGGAUGACCUUUUCGCUCUUGUCAAAUUCUUGCACAUGGUUCCAUUUAACAUCAAGGAAAAUUGGACCAGCUACAUAUUACGCCCGAUUAGAUCAUUUGAUCCUGUUGGUAUAAGUCGACUGCAAACUCUCAUGAAGUGCAUCACUCUUCGUCGGACGAAAAUGAUUAACGGCAAGUCCCUACUAUCGUUGCCCCCAAGAAAUGACCACAUACGAUAUCUCGAAUUGAGUGAAUACGAGCGUAGACUAUAUAAGAUGCACUUUGCGCAACUUAAACAGUUUGAACGCUUGGAGGAAAAUAAUAUAAUGCGACACUAUGCGAACAUUCUACAGUCGCUGUUGAGACUGCGUCAGAUAUGCGCCCAUUUUGCCUUAGUAAAGGAGACUGAAUUGCGGGGUAAUUUUGAGGUGGAGAAUGGGGCCAGUGGUUUGACCUCGUCGAAAGCGAUGACAAUACUCAACGUCUUCAAAGAAAGCGGAAUGGAUCAAUGCGGAUCCUGCAUGCAGGAGUUGACCCAGAGAUCUGUUGUGACGAAAUGCGAACAUUUGUUUUGUAUGGAAUGCGCUGCAAGAGUUAUGAGUGAAAUAUUAAAUUUUGGAAGUGAUAAAACUGUCGCUUGUCCUUUAUGUGGACUAGAAUUAGGGUCAUCUGAUGUUAUUGAGGUCAGUGACGAUGUUAUCGAGGUCAGUGACUCGAAAGACUACGAGGAUCAUCUCUCAAGGGCCAACCCAGACAGGAACUCGCACAGCACCAAGGUUAAGGCUUUGAUCGGAGAUUUGGUUCAAGCAAAAAUCGAUGGAAUCAAAAGUGUGGUGUUCUCACAAUGGACUAGAAUGCUGGAUCUAAUUGAGGAUGCCCUGAUUGAAAAUAAUAUAAUGUUUACCCGAUUGGAUGGUGCCAUGACUCGUGCCGAGCGUACACAGAAUAUGGAGACUUUUAGGAAACAGGAUGACGUUGGUGUAAUCCUUAUAUCGCUAAAAGCCGGAGGCGUCGGGUUGAAUCUAACGGUCGCCCAACGAGUGUAUCUCAUGGAUCCUUUCUGGAACCCUUCGGUAGAAAAUCAAGCGAUCGAUAGAAUUCAUCGUUUAGGUCAAACCUGUACCGUGGAUACAUUCAGUGCAUUGAUGUUUAAUUAUUUGCGUAAAAAGGAUUCGGUAGAAGAAACCAUCUUGAAAUUACAGGAGCGUAAACUUCAGCUUGCAGAACUGACUCUCUCUGAAAAAUUGAGCAAACAAGAAAUCACGAGAAGAAGAAUAGAGGACCUGAUAUCUUUAUUUAAAUAA